GUGUGUGUGUGUGUGCGUGUGUUAGUGUAUGUGUAUGUGUGUGUGUGUGCAACAUUUUUGACGAUGUUGUGCAGAAACAUGCAGUGCUUUGAUUACACUCCUCUGCUCUCGUUUCUUUUUUUAACUCUUUCAUUUGUGUGUUCACUUGUUUGAAUAUGUCUAUAUUUAUCAUACACUUACACACACACACACACACACACACUUGCACUCACAGUCUCCCUAAUUGAGGGCAGGCAUUUCAGUGCUGCUGUCGAUCGUGUGUGUGUGUGUGUGUGUGUGUGUAGUGCUCAGCUGGGCAGAGAUAAUCUGAGAGAGAGAGAGAGAGAAGUGUGUGGUGUGUUUUAGUGGAUAUGCAGCUCGACUCUCAUCAGCGAUACUGAGUGUGUGUGAUCUUUGUCAAAAAGAAGAAGGAUGGACAGAAGGGUGACUGGAGGAAGAGGAGGGCUGAAGAAGAGCACACACAUCGUCCCCUGCUUCUUGUUUGUGGAGUUGGUUAUCAUGUCAGCCGUGGUGUUGUUGGCGUAUUAUUUUGAGUACACUGACACAUUCCCCGUCCAUCUGCGAGGCUUCUUCUGCUUCGACCGGACAUUCUCUCGCCCAUACCUCGGUCCCGAGGAGUCCAGUCGAGCUCCACCCGCACUCGUCUACUCACUCGUCACUGCCAUUCCCACCAUCACGAUCCUGAUCGGUGAGUUGGCGGCGUUUUUCUCGAAGCCUGAGUCUCCUCAGGAGAAAACCAUUGUCACUGCAGACUGUUGUUAUUUCAGCCCCAUGCUGCGCCGCAUCGUCCGAUUCCUGGGCAUUUACUCCUUUGGCCUCUUUGUCACCACCAUCUUCGCCAACGCGGGUCAGGUGGUGACAGGAAGUCAAACACCUCACUUCCUGUCUGUGUGUCGUCCAAACUACACGGCGCUGGGCUGCCGGUCUCCUCUGCAGUACAUCAGUGAGAAGAGGGCGUGUCGUGGGAAUCCCUCCAUCAUCAACUCCGCCCGCAAGUCCUUCCCUUCUAAAGACACUGCACUGAGCACCUACUGUGCCGUGUACACUGCUAUGUACAUCACCUUGGCGUGUAAGACUAAAGGUACACGUUUAGCCACACCCACUCUGAGCCUUGCUGUCAUCUCAUUAGCUGUCAUGGUGGGCGUGGUCAGAGUGGCAGAGUACCGGAACCACUGGUCUGAUAUUCUGGCAGGUUUUGUCACAGGGGGCGCUAUUGCAAUGUUUCUGGUGACAUGUGUGAUUAAUAAUUUCCAACAGAAGUUGCCCCCUGCAUCUCUACCUGUCCCACCCCCUCCACCUCCACCUCCACCUCCACCUCCAUCUGAAUUGCCCCCCAUCACCAUGCCCAGUGUAGAGAGUCCACUCGAAAAGUUUCAGGCGCUUCGUUCUCAGGUGUCACAUGAUGAUCAGCGUUAUUUACUCUCCGCCCCUCCUGAUGUUCUCGUCCAAUCCCGUCGUCCCCUUACCAGCGCAGUGUAA